AUGGGCCGCUACGAGCUCGAAUACCCCAAGGAUGCAACAAACACCGUAAAGCGACUCCAUGAACGAGGCUCCUACGCGCUCCGCAAAAUCCACGGCCUCAUCAACUCCAGCCAGAUUAUCCACGUAUCCUUCAACGUCCCGGAUUCUCCCUUCCCCGCCACCCUCCCCAUGAUCGGGCAGAUGGGAUCCUUUGAGCGCCCCUCGGCCGACCUGGGCGACCCCCUGGACCUCUACCUCCACGGCUACGUUUCCUCGCGCCUCUUCAACCUCGGCCGCGCCGCGGGCCAGCAGGGCCUCCCGGUGACAUGCGCCGCCUCCCACGUCGACGGCCUCGUCCUCGCCCUGUCCGCCUUCCACCACAGCUACAACUACCGAUCUGCCGUGCUCUUCGGCCACGCCACGCUCGUCGACGACCCCGAGGAAAAGCUGUACGCCAUGGAGCUCAUCACCAACUCGGUCGUCCCCGACCGCUGGGCCAACUCUCGUCUGCCGCCUACCAAUGCCGAGAUGCAGAGCACCAGCAUCCUCCGGGUCAGGAUUGCCUCGGGGAGCGCAAAGUUCCGCGACGGGGGCGUCACGGACGACAAGAAUGACCUGGGCAACGAGGAUGCCUUGAACUCGGUCUGGGCCGGCGUGGUGCCGGUGUAUUCAAUCCUGGGGGAGCCAGUUGCCGCGCCGCAUAAUCGUGUUGACUUGCCGGCGUACGCGAGGCAGUUUAUCGAUGACUUGAAUCAGGAUAACAGGGCGUAUAGCUUGGGCGCGGUGAAGGGGAGGUCUGAGGCCUAG